AUGUCAGGUAAAGCAUCGUCUACGCCGCCGCCGGCAGCUGUAUCAGGCACUUCAGGGAUUUCACACUCGAAUUUCGAAAAGCAGCGAGAUUUGCUCAUCCAGGAAAUCUCCAACAACAUCGACACUGUAGUGUAUAAUCUCGAUAUCUUGAACAGAUCUCUCAACGAAUCGAUCCAAGUCGGAAAAGAGUUUGACGACGUGGGCCGUUUAUGGUCGAAUUUCUACGAUGGAAUGAACCAAUUGAAACAGAAGAAGUUGGAAGAACAGAACAAAACAACCGAGGAGCAAACAGCAGGUCCUGAAAGCAUCCACAGUAGUGAUGAAGAGAGUUGA